CUUAAAAUGUCUCCCGCCUCUUCUCUCACCAAAAAAAAUGAGCCCCAAUUUUCUUUUCUAAAUACCCCAAAACUGAAAUCCCCAUUUCUCAGCAGAGGUGCGUUUGGGUUUCCCCAAAUCCUCAUUUCUCUCAUUUCCCCAAAUCCCUAAAAUUCAUUUUCCCCCAAAUUACUCUGCUGCCUCAUGCACGCCACUGGAUGCUCACCACGCCUGUGAAGGUUCUCCCCCAUUCAUCUAUCUAAGAUCUUGAGAAGGUCGCUCGCCCAUUACAGCUUCAAGAAGCAGUGGCUGUUUGAGCCAUUUUCAGUCACUGGCCUGAUCUCUACUCCUCAAUCUAAUCCCCAAACAUGCUGUUACCAAACUCAUCGGACUCUCAUCUUGGACCGCUCACUGUCUCAACUCGCCCAGCUUUACAGGCUUUCCGAUUUUGAUUCUAGUAUUAUAUAUAUAUAUACACACAUAAUAUAUAACUAAGUUUUGAUGUGUUUGGUUGAUUUUAUUUAUUUAUGGGUUUUGGGGAAAACCCCAAAUGUGUUUGGAUGGUAGGAAUCAUUGAGUUGAAUUUGAACAGACCUGAGAGGAGAAAUGUCAUUGGGAGGGAUUUUCUGAGAGGGUUUAUAGAGUCUCUUGAUGCUGUCAGUAAGGAUUCCUCUGCUAAUGUGGUUUUGAUUCGUAGUGUGGUUCUGAAGGUGUUUUUUGCUAGUAAUGAUUUGAAGGCACACCCCCAUGCAAAUUGUUCAUAUUAUUUGCAAUUUCAUGAGAAUAUGGUCAAUUUAUUCUCUGUAUCGAUACUUGUCUCACACAGACGCUUCUGUUGUUCUUUUUCUCUUCACUUGUCUGGUCCCAUCAUCCAUCCUAUUUCUUAUUUUGCAAAAGCCUUGGAAGGGUAGACUGCUCUCAAAUACACAGGUUCUUUGAAUUUGUUACCUUUAUUAGAAUAUGCAUGAAAGAAUAUCAGCUUAUAUGAUUGUUGUUGUACAUAUAUCUUAGUAUAUUUAUUGUUUUCCAGGUAGUACCGUCUAUAAUAAAUGUUGGCAUAACGGCUUUAUACUUCGUUUUAUGGGGAAAAGGUUUCAUCUCGAAAAAAAUUUCAUGCUACCAUUUCAUGUGGCUGUUCUUAUCAUCUAUUUAAACUAACAGAAGUGUGAUGUUAGUUGCCACAUUUUUUAAUUACAAUAGCGUAUGAUUAAAUUUUACGCUGUAAAUGAUAUUAACUGUAGUUUUUAAUAGCCUUGAUGACAAUGCCAUAAAUAUUAUCUUUACAGCAAAGUGAUUUAUGCAAACAAACACAAGUUUGAAAACAAUCACUCCCUGGAGUAUUACUUUUAGUUUGAGCACAAGUGCAAAUCUUAUAUUUGAAUUGGCAUAGCUCCUUUGAUAGUGACAAGAAAAAAGUUUAAGAAUAUCAAAUUACUACUCUUUACUGGUUUAUAUCCUUUGUAUUCGGAACUGAUUCCAUACUUCUCUUUCUAUAUUAUUUGAGAGCUAUACUAGCAGAGUAUGCUGGUGCUGUCCUUGGAGUAUUGUCUGCACUGCUAUAUGGGAGGAGAAGACAUGUUUGGAAAAAGAUUGGUGGGCUUAUUGCAAUGGUGACGUCUUUCUACUUCUUAUCUCAAGGAUGGGCCAUGGAAACAUGGACGAAGGGCAACAAGCUUCACUUUUUCCAUGUCUUUGUUACUGAAAGUUAAUUUCUUGCCUCUUGCGAUACACUAGAUGACUGGAAUAGGUCUAUUGUUGUAUUGAUCUACUUGAUUUGGUAGUGAGUGAAGAUGGGUUUUUCUAUACGCCUUCUGCUAUCGGGCCCCCUUCCGAGUCCAAGCAUUUGUAUUGAAAGGUUACAACUCUCACGCCUUAUGGGUGUUUAUCGUUUACUCUAUUUCUUAUAUCAAACCUGCUAAUCUUUUUAUACACACUGAUUUUUUUAUAGAGUCAUUGGGUCGUGUAUCACUAUAAUAUAUUGUGUAUAUAUAAAUAAAUUAGCAAGGUGAUUCUAUCCUCUCUAUUCCCUGUUCGCACCUUUCUUUCCUCACUAAUUUUGUUCUUACUUUGAUACAAGUUUAGGUUCAUAUUUUAAAUUAUUUGAAUAUGGCAGUUUUAAUUAAUAAUAGUCCUUUAGAUUUUCCUUGUUUGUAACGUUAUAUAUGGAUGGUUACUUAUGGAAGUAUACUUGACUUUGAUUUUAUCAUUUGACUAUUAAGACUAUGGAAGUUUUGUUGCUAGCAUCAUGGAAAUAUGGUUGUAGCUUAUUUUUCAACAUCUUACUGCAACAUGGGAUUUGUUGUGUGUCAUCCACAAUGAUGUCUCCUAGUAAAGAUGCUAAAGAAGCUAAGCAAACAAUUACGUGGCGAGGAUUGGAAUUGGAACAACUUAAACACAUUAUGUUGGGAAAUAGGGUCUAUAUUUGGUUUGAAGAUGGAAUAAUAAAAAAGGUGGAAAGGAUUUUGACUAAAAGCUUAUGCAGCAAUACCUGCUAGAAACUCUCCAUCCACUACUAUUGCUAGAAGAUCUCCAUCCAAAAUGAGACAGUGGGAAGUUUAUGCAAGUGCCAAUCUCAGCUGCAAUCCCUUUAUGCUGAAGGAAUUGAGGGAUGCCACAUGGAGUUUGCUGAAUACAACUUACUAUGUGUUAUCUUGCACUCUAGUAACAACAGAGAUCUUGUAUCAUCUAUGUCGAGUUCGGGCAGCUGUCACUUCUGGAAACUAUGUUAUGUUCUUUAGGCUCUUCAAAACAGCACCAAAUUUGAACACUUGCCUGAUGGAUCUAUAUGUUGAAAAGAUGCGGUUUAAGGCAGUGUGUUGCAUAUCUCGAUCUUAUCGGCCUACAUUACAUGUUUCUUAUAUCGCUCAGGUUCUGGGCUUCUCUAGUGGUGCUUCUGACAAUGAUGAAAAAGAUUCAGAUGGAUUAGAGGAAUGUAUUGAGUGGUUGAAGGCACAUGACACAUCUCCUAUUGCAGAUAACAAUGGAGAGAUGCAGCUUAAUGCCGAGGGCUGGGAAUGGCGAAGGCAGAGAACGGCAGUGAGUCGGGUACAGCAAGGGGCUGGGAAUGGCGUUAGGCACGUCGAGUGCAAGGCCGAGUACGGCAAGGGGCUGGGAGUGGCGUUAAUCAUGCGGAGUGCAAGUCGCUAGGGUGAGACCUUUCUCAGAUGCCUGGGUGAUCCUCACUGUGAAGACCGCGAACCCAGGGCCUAGGAAAGCGCCUUGGACGGCUUGGUCGCUAUGUGUUUAGCCUGUCGGCUGCUUUGUUAUAUGUUGAUUGAUAGUUAUGCAUAUGUUGAUUGCUUGUGUGAAGUUUUCUUGCUGGGAUUCGGCUCACGGGUGCUCUAUGGUGAAGGUAAGGGCAAGGGAAAGGUCGACCAACCAUGAUUACAGAGAGCGUGAAGCGACAUGUACAUGUUCAGCUUGCCUGGCUGCCAUUGCUAGGGGUAUUUUUGGGAGAUGAUUUGUAUUAAACCUAAUUUUGCCGUUUAGUCGACUUUAAUCAUAUUUUGAGUUAUAAAUAUUUCUAAACAGUAUUUUGGGAUCCCAAAUGUAUAACGCUUUAUAAUUUCAAUGAAUGAUUACAUUUUCUAAUUAUAUGAUUUUUAUUACAAUUUAGCCACACUUUUAUCCUAAAACCUCAAUUAGUGAGUUAAUUGCACGUUUAAACUCACUUAGUAACAGCUCUAAGGAAGUAGGGCGUUACAACAAUCAUCAUAUACAUAGUUGUGAAAAUGGUCCGCUAACUUGUCCAUGUCACAUCUUGAGGUAAACAGGAUCUCUAGUCCUUGAAUAACCUCGGUGCGUCCGCCCUAUGAGUUACGUUUUCAUAUCCUUAGUAACUCGGGUUAUGUCUUCUCAUCCUUUGUAACCCCUUUUUGUUGUGUCGCAUUCAUCCUACUAACAACCAUUACAUAACAUAAAGCACUCAAAUGACAUACAAUCCAGUCAUGUCAACACAAAAAUAGUAUUUCAUAAUUCAUAUCACAAAAGUAUCAUCAUACAUAACAUUCUUAUUCAUGCAAGCCAACUUUACCAUUCACAACAUAAACAAAUUGAAUUCUAUCUAACUUCCUUACCUCAGGUCAAAGCAAAGCAAAACUGACAAACUUCACAUCGAGCCUAUACCAUAAUCAAAUAACAUCAUUUAGCAUCACAUAAGACUUUCUUGUGCCCAACUCAUAUAUCCCAUGUGUACUGUGACGCCCCACGUCACUAUGGCUACUUCCUGGAAUGACGACUGGCCCUACAAACCAACACGAGUCUUUCCAGCGUGCUUGUCCUCACUCGCGCGCUUCCUGGGAAGACUUCCCAGGAGGUCACCCAUCUUGAGAUUACUCCAGGUCAAGCACACUUAAUUUUGGAGUUCUCAAGUGAUGGGCUACCGAAAAGAAGAUGCAUCUUGUUGAUAUAGGUAGUACCCAUCAAUCCAUUCAAGCCCUCUUCAACUGUGUAGUCCCAUACCUACACAGUCUUAGAAUCAUCACACUUGACCUUCCCCAGGCGGUGUGGGAUUGCACAGCUUUACCCGAUCUUUCCCCUUACGGAUCACGGGAUUCUGAUUGUCACAUGUACAUGGGCCAUGCACACAUGGUGAAAUCUACUCAUAAUUUCCAAAUAGGCAUAAUUACACAUAAAAUCAUGAAAAGAAUAAUGCAAAUUACACCUAUGUUACAUGCAUGGUUUUUAAAUAAAAAUCAUAUGGUUGAAUAUUAGACACAUUUUUUAACGUAAAAGUGAAAUUGCAUGCGACAUGCAUACGUGGGAACAUUGUUAAAAAGUGACGUUAAAAACGAUAAUGCCUACGCGCUUAUUUCUAUCGUUUUAAAAAUAAUGAUUUAGUAACAUACUUUUAUUACCAUUAUUUAUCUCUUUAAAAUUUCUAAGUUGAUUAAACCUCUAAAACAUUAUUUGUAGAGUCCAAGAACUUUACUUAGCUAGUUAGAUAGUAGUAGCAAUAGUAAUAGUUGUAGUAUUUUUUUUAUGACUGUGGAUUUUGGUUCAGACCGGGAUUUAGUUGGACACUCGUAGCACCACUUGUAGAUUUUAUAAGUUUAACCUAUAGUUUAAGAAUAUUAAUUAUAACCUAAGAUUUAAUUAAUAUGACUGAUUAUGAAGGUGAUAUUUAUUAUAAUAUAAGGUUUAGAUAAGCCCAAUAAGGAAAUGACACUUGUCAUAUGUAUGUUUAAUGAAUAAUUAAGUAUUUUGAGGGAUAAAUUUAUUAAGAGUAGUUUGCCAUCAGCUUUGAAAUCGUUAGAGGACUUAGUCAAGGUUGUUUACUCAAUUCAAAUUAGGCUGAAAAAGUGCAAUUACGUGUAUAAUAUUUCAGCGUAUGCCGAUAUAUCGCAGCACUAGGGGUGAUAUAUCGGCUGUAGUGCCAUAUUUUUGAAUGUUUUUUAAAUCGAGCUUAAUUUAUUCUUUAACCUCUUGAUAAGUCCAUAAUCUUUUUGACCGAGUCUUCUGCCUCUGCUGAACGAUUAUUCAAAGAUUUUCAAUUAAGAAGCCAUUAUUUUAUUCAAGCUAAAUAAAGAUCUUUUCAUUCUUGAACUCUAUAAAUAGGACCUAGUACCCAGCCAUUUAUUCAUUCAUCAAGCUAAGCUCAGAGUCUACAAGCUGCUAGGUUAUUUUAGAGUGAUAAACACUGGGGUUGGGGUUAUAAGCUUUAUCCUUAUAAGCUUAAUAAACACUCGGGAAGUAUAGUAUAUUUUGGUUCGAGGUGUAGUUCGGUUAUAGAAGCAUUCGAGGUAUUCCUUCUUCUAGUUCCUUUCUGUGUUAUUCUUAUAGUUUUUCUACUCAAAUCCUAACUCAUAUUCUCUAUCUUGGUUAGGAAUCUAAGAUCUUGAACGUAAGAUUGUUCUUGGUAAGUAUCUUUUCGAUGGUAUAGUUCGUUCAUUUCAUCCUUUUUCUUCAGUAUACUCACCUUUCUAUUAUGGGUUUUAGGAGUGUUCCAAAGUCCCGAUACUGUUCUGAUAUCCCGGUAUAUUGGUAAGGAAAAUAGGAUAGGGUUUUAUAUGUUAUCUUAUGUUGUGUUAUGAAAUGUUAUAUUAUGUAUGUUGAUAGACUUGGGCAUAUGACUUGUAUAGCUAACAAGCCCCAAUAAAUUUAUGGGCAUAUGACUUGCUUAGCUAGCAAGCCCCACAAAUCUAAUGGGCAUAUGACUUGAUUAGUUAACAAGCCCCAAGUAGUAGCAAUGACCAUUAUAGUAUAUAUGACAUAUGUUUAUGAUACGCUUACGGUAUAUGUUAUGACAUGUUUUUAGCAUAUGAUAGGAAUUUUAUGAAUAUAAUUUAUGUUGUUAGAUUUUCCUUGUUGGGCAUUAUGCUCAUUCCUUUA